AAAUAAUUCUUUUGAACAUCAAAUAGAGCAUAGUAUGAUUUAUUAUUGUUAUCUUGAUUUAUUAAUUUGAUUUAAAAUUUGCUAUUUUUCUGAUAGAAAAUAUAUCAAACUUUAAUGAAAAAAUAGUUUUCACUUUGCAUUUGUAUGCAAUAAUUUACAAAAUACAAAACAGCGGAAUAGAGAAUCUGAAAAUAGAAUGAUCUUGAAUAAAAUAUAAAUAACAUAAUACAUAAUAGCACUGUUACGCGCUAUGAUGCAUAAACUAGGGUAGAAUCAAAUGCUUAUAGUAUGCAAUAUUUUCAAGAAAUAAAAAUUUUUUAAAUAUAUUAUGAGAGAAGUGAUUACAUUAAAUAUAAUAAAUAAUAUAAAUUUAUAUAUAACUUUUAUAUAUAAAUUUAAACAUAUAACUUGUAAAUAUAAUUAUAAACUUAUAAAAUAAAGUAUAAAAAUAAUUAUAUUUAUAUUUAUAAGAUAUUUGAUAAUUAAAUGUGUCUUUACUUCAAAAUAUAAUUACGUGUAAUAAAUUUUAUCUUAAAAUUUUUUCGAUUGAUUAAUAGUAAGGAGAAUGUAAUAUAAAAUAUUUAUAUGUUAUAUUUUCAAUUUAAAUUUAUAUCAUAUUUGAACAAUAUACUAUAUGAAAUUUACAUAAUGUUUUAUUAAGAUUUAACCUAUCAGGAUAUAGUUUUAAGAGAAACAAACAUUCUAUUCAUAUGAAUACAUAAUAUUGAUCUUUUGACUUAAGUGAAAAUACUAUACGUUAUCAGUAUAGGUUAGUGACUCUAAUGUCGUUUUAUUCAGACAUUUAUAUAACGUUGUAAUAGUGUUUUAAGAAUUUCUAAAGUACUUUAAAUCAAUUAAUGAAAUGUGAUGUUUAAGUUCAUGUAUAUAAUUUAUAAAAAUUAUUAUUUAUGUUUUAUAUACAUUAAUCUGUAAAUCAAUGCUUAUUAUUGAAAAAUGGCAGAAGAAGGAAAAAAAGUCUCCUUCGGUUUUGCAAAAUCUAUUAAGAAACCUGUAUUAAAAAAUAUUGUGCCACAAGAAGAAAAAAAAGUUGAUUAUAUUGAAUGUCUUGACGAGAAAAAUAUUAAAGUAAUAGGUGAAGAGGAAAAAAAAGAUGAACCUCUUGUCAUUCCAUUAUUAGGUUCAAAAACUUGGCAUGACAGAAUUAUUAAUCAUAUCGAUGCAGAUAUUUUUGAACCUAAAGAAAAUAAAGAAAAGAUAGAAGAUGUUAAUAUUAAUAAGGAAGUCAAAUCAAAAUUAUCUAAUGGAAAUGCAUCACCACAAAUUAUAACAAAAGAACCAGAACAAUUAGUGGAUAAUAAAGUUGUUACGUUAGAAGAACAAGCAGCUAAAGAAAUUAUUGAAGAAUUAAAAUCAAAGGAGCAGCAGGAAACAAAAACAAAUGAUUUUACUUUGCCUUUAGUAGAAGAUCAAUCAUUAAGAGGCCAAGAACAGUCUACAUUAGAAGAUUAUGAAAGAAUUCCUGUUGAUGUUUAUGGUUUCGCAAUGUUACGAGGAAUGGGUUGGCAACCAGGAAAAGGAAUUGGUAGAAAUGAAAAAAUUGUAUCAGCAGUUAUACCAGAAUUACGACCAAAAGGCAUGGGUCUUGGAGCAGAUAAAGUAACUCAACAAAAAAACACAGAUUCUAACAAACAAGAAGAAGAACUUAAAAUAGAAAAAGGGACAUUUGUAAAAAUUAUAGCUGGAAAACAAAGUAAUAAUUAUGGUCAAAUAGAAGGAUUUGAUGAUGAUGCAGGAAGGCUCAUAAUAAAAUUAGCUCUUGGUGGAAGCAUGAUAUCUGUAAAUGAAUUUAUGGUUCAGCCAGUGACUAAAUCAGAAUAUUCAAAAAAUUCAAAAGUUUUAAUAUUUUAUGGGAUUAAUUUUAGAUGCGAAGAAAUAUGAAGAAUAUAAGGACAAAGAAACUAAGGAAUUUAAACAGAAAAUGAAUAGAAAAAGAAAAUCGAUAUCUUCCGAAAAAUCUGAAAAUUUAGAUGAUGAUGAAAGUAAUGAAAAGAAAAAAAAAAGUACUACACAUGAUAAGAAAAAAUAUGAUAAAAUAACCGAAAAAAAAUCAAAAAGUCAAAAAAGAUAUUCUGAAUCUGAUGUCAAUGAUAGUGAUCAUGGAAAAAAGAGAAGAAGAGAAAAGAGUAGUUCCAUUAGUAGUGAUUCUUAUAAAUCAAAAAAAUCUAAAAAAUCAAAGAAACAAAAAAAACAUUAUUCACCAGAAAAAUCGAAUAAAAAACACAAGAAAAAAGAUAAAGAAAAAGAAAAAACUAGAGAUAAAAAAGAUUAUACAGAUAGAUGGAAACAAAAAAAACGAAAAAGAUCAAGAUCUCGAUCUUCUAGUAGACGAUAAUUUUCAAAAAUGUAUUUCGUUAUUUUAAUUUCGUGGCAAAUUGUACAAUUUUGUUUAUACACAUUUUUUAAUAAAAUGUAUUUUUACAAAAUCA